AUGCUCUGCUGUCCGUUCUGUGUCCUCCCAGCGGAAGCAGCAGGAGCCGCUGUGCUCCCAGGGGGAGCCUCCCAGGAGAUGGAGAAGCUGGACACUAACACCUCAAAGGAGCGAGGGCUCUGCCAGCUCUCCGAGGACUACAAGCAGAUCUACCUCCCCCUGACCUACAGUGUCAUCUUCGUGCUGGGGCUGCCCCUGAAUGGCAUUGUCUUGUGGCUCUCCUGGCGCCAAACCAAGCGCUGGAGCUGUGCCACCAUCUAUCUGGUGAACCUGACGGUGGCUGAUCUGUUCUAUGUGCUGACGCUGCCCUUCCUCAUCAUCACCUACGCCCUGGACGACAGGUGGCCCUUUGGGGAACUGCUCUGCAGGCUGGUGCGCUUCCUGUUCUACACCAACCUGUACGGCAGCAUCCUGCUGCUGACCUGCAUCUCCGUGCACCGCUUCCUGGGCGUGUGCCACCCUCUGAGUUCACUGCCCUACCGGACCCGCCGGCACGCCCUGCUGGGAGCAGCUGCCACCUGGGCCCUGGUGGUCCUGCAGCUGCUGCCCACGCUGGGCUUCUCCCACACGGACUACAUCGACGGCCAGGUGGUCUGCUACGACAUGACCAGUCCGGAGGACUUCCCCCAGUUUUUUGCCUACGGUGUGGUUCUGACGCUGUCUGGCUUUCUUGCCCUCCUUGGUGAUCUUGGUGUGCUACUCGCUGAUGGUGAGGAGCCUGGCCAGGCCAGAGGAGAGCCUCGCGAGGACGGGCCACGCGGCCCGGGCCAAGUCCAUCCGGACCAUCGGGCUGGUGUGCAGCCUCUUCGCCCUCUGCUUCGUGCCCUUCCACGUCACACGCUCCGUCUACCUCACACUCCGCUUCCUCGCGUCGCCCGACUGCCAGCUCCUGAUGGCGGCCAGCGUGGCCUACAAGGUAUGGAGGCCUCUGGUGAGCGUGAGCAGCUGCCUCAACCCAGUCCUGUACUCCUGUCGGCUGGGAACAACAGAGUCAGGCUCUUCCCAAAACUGAGGCCUGACAAGGGGGGUGAGCGCCCAGCUGGAGCCCGGGGAGAGAGGCCCAGGGGUGGGCACAUCUGGGUGCUGUCAAGAUGA